UCCUGUUUUUUGUACAAGUUUUUAAUUUCCCAUCGAAAAACUAAUUAAGAUUAGACGGAUAUUUAAAACUAAGUAACAAUUUAUUAGUUUUAUUAUAAUUUUUCUGUGAAUCCGUUGUAUUUUGUCGAAAAAGAAUAAAUAAAAUGGACAGGUCCUAUAAAUACUCGAACAACGCAGCAGCGAAAAAAACAAACAUUGGAACCCCAUCCAACCAAAACAAAUAUUCCAACAAUCAGUUUCCGAGUAAAAAUGAAUUACAAAAAGGUGAACCAGAAAUUGGACUGAAAACUGAAGACCUCCGUGUUAAAUUAAUCGGGGAAAAUGUGACCAAGCAAGCUGACGAACAAGAGCCAAAAAUAAGCGAAGAAACGGAUUUACCCCAAGCUUCACCCCAGACUUCAUCAUGGAGAGAGUCUGAAUAUUCAGGUGAACUCCGUUCUCUGUUGAAGACCUAUUAUGAUAUAUGUAUAAACUAUAAAAGACUUUUAGAAAUGUUCAAAAUUAUUUUACAAGUUCAUGAACGAAUGCUAGACUGGUUGGAAGAGAUUAUUAGAGUGUUGAUGACUUUAUCGCCAUCAAAAAGGUGCGCGAGAGGGUAAGAAUGUUGGGAUUCCACUAUUAUUUCAUUUAUAAUACUGAAAGUGGUGAGGUACUAUGUUAUAUUGUGUUAAUGUGGACGACAUGGUUGGACUUACUCAUAGAUAUUUUUUUUCUACUGUUUAAUAGUUUGUAAUAACUUAAUGUGCAUGUCUUUUUCAAUAUACUUUUUAU